GCUCGGUCAUGUGCAGAGUCGGUAUCCCUUUCGGGUAUAGUCAGGGUCUAGCAUCAUUUUCUGCUGAGUCAUGACCUUCUAUACAAACGUAUCAAUCAGCCUAUUCUCAGUGUAUGUCAACACACUCAUGCUCAGGAAGGCCACGAUCAUCCUAUUCUACAAAAACGUUUUCUAUGUUGUCUACAGAAAAGGGUGUGGAGAAAGAAAUACAAUGGCAUGGCAUCCUGACAAACUAUAUACAACUCGAGACUGCCGCGUUACCAGAAUAUAUAACUGCACAAAUCAUAAAUAUGGCAGGUUGUGAAUUACUACUCUCCCAGACACCUAUUAAAUAAUUGGAUAAUAAUGACAGUAUACCAAGUGAAUGACCACCGACACGAUGG